AUGAAUGCUGGCCCAUCUUGGAAUAAAGCACAACGUUCAAAAAACUCUUCAGGAAAAAGGCAGAGUAAAUCCCAGGCACCCCAGGUGCCCCCCCAUCUGCCCGUGGACAGACUCAGAGAAAGCGUUUCCCCGGAAGGCAAACCCAAAAGGAGCCCCCUGGACCCCAGGUGUCGGGGCGCCUCGGGGAACGAGCUGUUUCUCGACCUUCAGUGCAUGAAAAUCAUGAAGGAGGGCGCAGACGAGGACAGCGCCAGCGACUUGUCGGACUCGGAGAGAGUCCCGGUGCCGCCUUCCGCGCUCGCGCCCCCGGAGCUGCACCUGCGAGCGGAGGAGAUCGAUGCCGCCGACCCGGACCCGGACCCCGACCCGCGGGGCACGCAGACCACCUACCGCUACGCGGACUUCCUCCCGGCCCCGUUCAGCUCCUGGGACCUCCGCGACCUGGCCGUGCCACCGGGCGCCGAGCCCAGGCCAGCGGCUCAGGGCGGCGCUGCGGGGCUGCUCGCCAGGUACAUCGACAGGCUGCUCCAGCUCGAGUGGCUGCAGAUGCAGACCGUGCAGGGUGAGAAGGGGAAGGGCGCCAAGGCCAGGCCUCCCACCGCCCCCGGCAUGGCGGGGGCUCUGAAAAGCCCAGGCAGAAGCAAGCUGGUGGUCAGCGCUCCCGCCAGGCCUCACCAAGAGGGGGCUCCCAAGCCAGGCGCUUCCCGAAGGAGAGACCUGCACCUCGAGGAAGCCCGUCCAUCCUAUUACGCCUUUGACACCCCCCGCAAAGCUGUCCACGUGGCGCGGAGCGGCGGACCAAGUUCGCAGAAGCCAGCCUUGGAGGGCAGGACAGAGGAGCAGAAAAAGAAAUGGAGUAAGAGCCCCAGGCCGCAGCGCCGGGACCUGCCCUGCAGUGACAGCGGCCCCCGCGCGGACAGCGGCGGUGGCGGUGCUUCGGCGCAGGCGGUGACCACCCUGGACUCCUGCGGAGCCCCCAGAGCGCAAGCUCACGGGAACCUGAAGAAGAAGGGCAGUGCCAGCACCUGCUCUCAGGCCACCAUAUCCAGUGAGAAGAAAUUCAAAACCAAUGGAGUAAAGCAAAGCACAUACAGAUUCAAAUAA